AUGGCCACCUCCGGCCACAUCGUCGUCGACGUCGGCACGGACGAGGACGCGUCGGCGGGGCAACCGCCCGUCGCGCCGGUGCCGUACCUCCUCUCCUUCGCGGACCUGUCCUACACCGUCAACACGAACAACGGUAGCUGGCUGACGAGCUGGAUGCCGUCCCGCACCCCGGCAACCACCAGGGCGCUGCUGGGCGGCGUCUCCGGCGAGGCGCGGGAGGGCGAGCUGUUCGCGGUGAUGGGCGCCAGCGGAUCCGGCAAGUCGACGCUCGUGGACGCGCUCGCCGGCCGGAUCGCGCGUGAAAGCCUCCACGGCAGCGUCACGCUCAACGGGGAAACCCUCCACGGCCGCCGCCUCCGCACCAUCUCGGCCUACGUGAUGCAGGACGACCUGCUGUACCCGAUGCUCACUGUGCGGGAGACGCUGAUGUUCGCCGCCGAGUUCCGCCUCCCCCGCGCGCUCUCCCCGGCCAGAAAGCGCGAGCGCGUCGACACGCUCAUCGGCCAGCUCGGCCUAACCAACGCCGCCGACACCGUCAUCGGCGACGAGGGCCACCGCGGGGUCUCCGGAGGCGAACGGCGCCGGGUCUCCAUCGGUACGGACAUCAUCCACGACCCGAUCCUGCUCUUCCUCGACGAGCCCACCUCCGGGCUCGACUCGGCGAGCGCGUUCAUGGUGGUGCAGGUGCUCCGCGACAUCGCGCGCAGCGGCAGCGUCGUCGUCAUGACCAUCCACCAGCCCAGCGCGCGCAUCCUCGGCAUCCUUGGCCGCCUCCUCUUGCUAUCGCGCGGCCGCACCGUGUACGCCGGCACGCCUGCCGGUCUCAUGCCCUUCUUCUCUGACUUCGGCAGGCCCAUCCCGCACAACGAGAACCCGGCCGAGUUCGCGCUCGACACCAUCAAAGAGCUCGAGGGCCAGGCACCCGACGGCACAGCGCCGCUCGCUGACUUCAACGCCAGGUGGCAGGCAGAACACAGGGUCAUGGAGGAUGUCAAAACGAUGCCUCUGGAGCUCGCCAUCGCCGACAGCGUGCAUCGAGGGAAGCUGGUGGCCGGGAGUGAGACGUCGGGGACGUCUUCCUCGUCGGUGCCGACGUUCGCGAACCCGAUGAGGGUGGAGGUGUGGGUGCUGAUAAAGCGCUCCUUCACCAACACGAGGCGCAUGCCGGAGCUCUUCGGGAUGCGCCUGGGCACGAUCAUGCUGACGGGCUUCAUCCUGGCCACCAUCUUCCUGCGCCUCGACGACACGCCCAAGGGCGUCCAGGAGCGGCUCGGCUUCUUCGCCAUGGGCAUGUCCACCAUGUUCUACGUCUGCGCCGACGCGCUGCCGGUGUUCGUCCAGGAGCGCCACAUCUACCUCCGCGAGACGGCGCACAACGCCUACCGCCGCAUCUCCUACGUGAUAUCCAACGCCGUCGUGUCGUUCCCGCCGCUGGUCAUCCUGUCCCUGGCGUUCGCCGUCACCACCUUCUUCGCCGUGGGCCUGGCCGGCGGCGCCUCCUCGUUCUUCUUCUUCGUGCUCAUCAUCCUCGCCUCCCUCUGGGCGGGCAGCGGCUUCGUCACCUUCCUCUCGGCGGUGGUGCCGCACGUCAUGCUGGGCUACACGGUGGUGGUGGCCAUCCUCGCCUACUUCCUCCUCUUCUCCGGCUUCUUCAUCAACCGCGACAGGAUCCCCGCCUACUGGAUUUGGUUCCACUACAUGUCGCUCGUCAAGUACCCCUACCAGGCCGUGCUGCAGAACGAGUUCGGCGACGCCACGCGCUGCUUCGCGCGCGGGAUCGAGAUGUUCGACGCCACGCCCAUCGCCGGCAUGACGGAGGCCGUCAAGCUCAGGGUGCUCGACGCCAUCGGCAACACACUCGGAACCAGCAUGACGGCGACCACCUGCGUCGUCACCGGCGCCGACGUGCUCGCGCAGCAGGCCGUCACCGACCUAGGCAAGUGGAUGUGCCUUCUCGUCACCGCCGCCUUCGGCUUCUUCUUCAGGGCUCUCUUCUACGUCGUCCUGCUACUCGGAAGCAAGAACAAGCGGAGGUAG